UCUGUAAACUAAUAUGCAACAUGUCCCCUUCUUUCCUCCUCCAUUAACACACUCACACUCACACACACCACAGCCACAGGAGGUUUCAAACUUUAAUGCGUGAUCACCUCCUAUCAACAACAACAAUGGCUGUAUCUGUAUCUCUAUCUCCUUCUCUCGGCUGCAUUGAAAAGAAGCAUUGGUGGAUCACAACCAGAAAGAUCGUUGAUAAGUAUGUGAAAGACGCUAGAACGUUAAUCUCGUCACACGAAACGAGUGAUGUAACAGCAGCGCUUAAUCUGAUCGAUGCAGCGCUUGCAUUAUCGCCGAGAUUUGAACAGGCGCUUGAACUGAAAGCUAGAUCUCUUCUGUAUCUCAGAAGAUAUAAGGAUGUUGCUGAUAUGCUUCAGGAUUAUAUACCUAGCUUGAAAAUGUGUUCGGAUAAUGAUUUUUCCAUAUCGUCUUCAUCGUCGUCGGUUUCGUCUGACGGAAACUCGCAACAGUUGAGUAGAGAACGCGUUAAGCUUUUGGCUAACUCGCCGGACGAUUGUGAAACGGCGUCGUUCAAGUGUUUCUCCGUUUCCGAUCUGAAGAAGAAAGUUAGAGCUAGCAUCGGUAAACACUCCGAUAAAGAAGGUCAAUGGAGGUAUCUGGUGUUAGGUCAAGCAUGUUGCCACCUAGGGUUAAUGGAGGACGCAAUGGCGCUUCUACAGACCGGAAAACGUCUCGCCUCCGCUGCAUUCCGCCGGCAAAGCUUUUCCUUCUCCGGAGACAACUUUUUCUUCCCCAGCGACACCUUCACCGACGGCAACCAGCCACAAACGCCACCGAGAGCAGAGUCCGAAGACAUCUGUCAUCUCCUCAGCCACAUCAAGCUUCUCCUCCGUCGCAAAACCGCCGCAAUCGCCGCCCUAGAAGCCGGUCUAUACACCGAAGCGAUCAGACACUUUUCGAAAAUCGUCGAUGGUCGACGCGCCGCCCCGCAGGGUUUCCUCGCGGAGUGUUACAUGCACCGUGCCGGAGCUUAUCAAUCCUCCGGUAGGGUUGCGGAGGCAAUAGCGGAUUGUAAUCGAACAUUAGCAUUAGAUCCGUCGUGUAUGGAAGCCCUAAGCACCCGAGCUUCACUAUUCGAAUCGAUUCGGUGUCUACCGGACUCUCUUCACGAUCUCGAACACUUGAAACUGUUGUACAAUUCAAUUUUACGUGAUCGGAAACUAGCCGGUCCGGUAUGGAAACGUCAAAGUAUCCGGUAUCGUGAGAUUCCAGGGAGACUGUGUUCUUUAGCUACCAAAAGUCAAGAACUGAAACAAAAGAUUGCUUCAGGUGAAACAGGGAAUGUAGAUUAUUAUGCGUUAAUCGGGUUGAGACGAGGCUGUUCGAGGUCCGAAUUGGACCGAGCUCAUUUGUUGCUUACGCUGCGUCAUAAACCGGACAAGUCAACUAGUUUUAUUGAUCGGUGUGAACUCACGGGUGAACUUGAUAUUGAUUCGAUUAGAGAUCGUGCGAAAAUGUCGGGUUUGUUAUUGUAUAGGUUGAUUCAAAGAGGUUAUACUAAUGUUAUGGGGACAAUUUUGGAUGAAGAGAUUGCGGAGAUUGAGCGAAAGAAAGCUUCUGCGGCUUUACAACAAGAAAUGCAAAUGCAACAACAUCAAGAUCCUGUUAAAAUUACAUCAAAUGAGGCACAGAAAUGUGAGAUGCAAAAGUCGGGACCGGUUUAUCAAGGGGUGUUUUGUCGAGACAUUGCAGUGGUUGGGAAUUUGUUGUCCCAAUCCGGGUUUAACCACCCGAUACCGGUUAAGUAUGAAGCUUUGAGCUGUUGAUACUUGCUGUAAGAUGAUAUUAUGGCCGGGAUCGGGACAUGAACGGGGACGCCGGGCACCGGCUAAAGAAUAUGAUAAAUAAAUGUGGAAGACAUUUUUGUACAAAUGGGGGAAAGAAGGGGUAAUCUAUCUACAAAGGAAAAAUGCUAAAAAGCCUGGAAAUUUUUGUUCGUUUUUUUUUUUUUAUUUAUUCUAUACUAGUACUACUAUUACCUUUCGGGUUCGUAUAUGUGCAGUGUUUAAAUUGAACCAUUACCGCCAUUGUUCUCUAGAUUUGAAGUAAAUAUGAUUAAUGGGGUUGGUUA